AUGAUGUUGAGACGAAACCUCAAGCAAGUGCUCAUUGAAAAGAACCCGGCCCGCCUUCGCACGCUUGAGUCCGCAGCGGGCUACAGCGAGCCUGCGGCCUUGGCCCUGGCGCUGGCGGGAGAGCAGGCACCGCCGGCCCCCGCUGCCCCGGAGGACCGCCCGGAGGAGGAGAUGGGGUUCACCAUCGACAUCAAGAGCUUCCUCAAGCCGGGCGGGAAGAUGUACACGCAGCGCUGCUGCCUGUUCGUGGGGAACCUGCCCACCGACAUCACUGAGGAGGACUUCAAGCGGCUCUUCGAGCGCUAUGGGGAGCCUAGCGAGGUUUUCAUCAACCGGGACUGCGGCUUCGGCUUCAUCCGCCUGGAAUCCAGAACCCUGGCUGAAAUUGCAAAAGCAGAACUGGAUGGUACCAUUUUGAAGAGCAGACCUCUGCGAAUUCGCUUUGCUACACAUGGAGCAGCUCUGACUGUCAAGAACCUUUCUCCAGUUGUUUCCAAUGAGCUUCUAGAGCAAGCAUUUUCCCAGUUUGGCCCCGUAGAGAAAGCUGUUGUGGUUGUGGAUGAUCGUGGUAGAGCAACGGGAAAAGGUUUUGUAGAAUUUACAGCGAAACCUCCGGCACAAAAGGCUCUGGAGAGAUGUGGUGAUGGGGCGUUCUUGCUAACAACGACUCCCCGUCCAGUGGUUGUGGAGCCUAUGGAGCAGUUUGAUGAUGAAGAUGGCUUGCCAGAGAAGCUAAUGCAGAAAACUCAGCAAUAUCAUAAGGAAAGAGAACAGCCACCACGUUUUGCUCAACCUGGGACAUUUGAAUUUGAGUAUGCAUCUCGAUGGAAGUCUCUUGAUGAAAUGGAAAAGCAGCAACGUGAGCAGGUUGAUAGAAACAUCAGAGAAGCCAAAGAGAAACUGGAGGCAGAAAUGGAAGCAGCUAGGCUCGAACACCAGUUAAUGCUAAUGAGACAAGAUCUAACGAGACGUCAGGAAGAGCUCAGACGCUUAGAAGAACUCAGAAACCAAGAGCUGCAAAAACGGGAACAACGUCGUCGUGAAGAAGAAAUGAUCAGACACAGAGAACAGGAGGAACUGAGGCGACAACAGGAAGGCUUUAAACCAAACUAUAUGGAAAAUAGAGAACAGGAAACGAGAAUGGGUGCUAUGGGUCCCCGUGGAGCAAUAAACAUGGGAGAUGCGUUUAGCCCAGCACCUGCUGGUAACCAAGGUCCUCCUCCAAUGAUGGCUAUGAAUAUGAACAACAGAGGAACUAUGCCUGGCCCACCAAUGGGUCCUGGUCCUGCCAUGGGACCAGAAGGAGCUGCAAAUAUGGGAACUCCAAUGAUGCCAGAUUAUGGAGCAGUGCACAAUGAUAGAUUUUCUCAAGGACCACCUUCCCAGAUGGGAUCUCCUAUGGGGAGUAGAGCAGGUUCUGAGACCCCUCAAGCACCCAUCACUGGUGUGGGUCCUGUGAGUGGUGCUCCUGGUGGCUUUGGUAGAGGCAGUCAAGGGGGCAAUUUUGAAGGUCCUAAUAAGCGUUGUAGAUACUAA